AGAUGAAAGCUUGAAAGGCUGACUUUUACGCAUCGGUCAGGAGGAGCGAUGUAUAAUUGCUGCAAAAAAAAAAAAAAAAAAUUAGCAGCGUAUAAUUUCGCUUGUUUCUUCGCCCUUUCUGCAUUCUUCGCCUCGCCUGGACGCAGGUUGCCAACCCGCCGGCGGCUCUGGAGCAGACGAGAAGCGUAAUCUAUCGGUAUUAGAGUUUUGCUCUCAAUCGAUAAUUCAUCGAGAGAAUUGAACACGAUGGCUGAAGAAUCCCAGCAGCCGAUCAGGCUGAUGAAUUUUGUAUCCGAAGAUCAAUUGGCUGAAUCUAAAAGAACAAGGGGUGAAAGACUUGAAGACGGCACUGCCCAAAGGGAUAGACCCCUCUACGAGAUUCUAAAGGAGAAUAAGGACAAGCGGGAUGCGGAAUUUAAUGAACGGUUCAAACAUAGACCGCCUAAAGCUUUAGAUGAAGAUGAGACUGAGUUUCUUGAUAAAUUGGAAAUGACUAGGAGAGAAUAUGAACAGCAAGUGGCAAAUGACGAAGCUGAACAAAUCCGGAGUUUUCAAGCAGCAGUGGCAGCACAGUCCAACAUUGUUCAUGAACUUAAGGAAGCAGCAUCUCGUCCUGUUUUUCAGGAAGAAAAGCCUACUGGAAAGAAGAAUGCAGCAUCUCGGCCAUUAGGCAUGAUUAUAAAAGUCAAGCCCCAAGCUAAAAAGGCCCGGGUAGAUUCAGGAAAUGCAGAAGAAGCUUCAAAAGUAGGCACUGACAAGCAUGAAUCUUUGGAGCCAGCGCAAUCAUUGAAUGGAGAAGCUGCAGAGUCUUGUGAGGUUGCCCCAUCUGGGCUUGUUUCGUAUAGCGACGAAAGCGAUGAUGAUAACGAGUAGUGGUGGUAUUUUUGUUUCCAAGUACUUACGUUUUUUCAACUUGUUUUUUCAUGUGGUAUAAAUGCCUUUUCUGCCCAAUACCCACGCGUGUCGAGGCUUUUGAUGUAAACAGUUAUAUCCUGUGAGUUGGCUUCCCUGACGAGGUGCAGGAUCUACGGUCCAGAUUUAUUUUUUUAUUUUUUA